AUGACGCAGAAAAACAAGGAUGCAGUCGAAGAUGAUUAUUCGGCAAAGUUGGAUAUGUGUCUUACAGACGGAAUUAUCAAAACUGGCGGCGGUGUUGCACUUGGAGCACUUUCUUCAUUGCUAUUUCUAGGUCGACGGAGAUGGCCAAUUAUUGCGGGCAUGGGCAUGGGGGUUGUCCAAAAUCAGGUAAGGGCUUCAAGUAAACAGAAUCAUGUGCAACUAAGGGAUACAUAG